GCCCCGCUGUAACAGCCCGACUAGGUGGUAUCAAUCCCACUUGCCGGUGACUCCCACACAGGUCAUGCUGUUGUCUCCUGAUCCAGCCGGCCCUGCCAGGUGACCAUGCCUGCCCUUGGCCCAGCUCUUCUCCAGGCACUCUGGGCCGGGUGGGUCCUCACCCUCCAGCCCCCUCCACCAGCUGCUUUUACUCCCAAUGGCACGCAUCUGCAGCACCUGGCGAGGGACCCCACCUCAGGCACCCUCUACCUAGGGGCCACCAACUUCCUGUUCCAGCUGAGCCCUGGGCUACAGCUGGAGGCCACAGUGUCUACUGGCCCUGUGCUAGACAGCAGGGACUGCCUGCCGCCAGUGAUGCCUGAUGAAUGCCCCCAGGCUCAGCCAACCAACAACCUGAACCAGCUGCUCCUGGUGAGCCCGGGGGCCCUGGUGGUGUGCGGGAGUGUGCACCAGGGUGUCUGUGAGCAGCGGCGCCUGGGGCAGCUUGGGCAGCUACUGCUGCGACCAGAGCGGCCUGGGGAUACCCAGUAUGUGGCUGCAAAUGACCCUGCGGUCAGCACGGUGGGGCUGGUAGCCCAGGGCUUGGCAGGGGAGCCCCUCCUGUUCGUGGGGCGAGGAUAUACCAGCAGAGGUGUGGGGGGUGGCAUCCCACCCAUCACGACCCGGGCCCUGCGGCCGCCGGACCCCCAAGCCGCCUUCUCCUAUGAGGAGACAGCCAAGCUGGCAGUGGGCCGCCUCUCUGAGUACAGCCACCACUUCGUGAGUGCCUUUGCACGCGGGGCCAGUGCCUACUUCCUGUUCAUGCGGCGGGACCUGCAGGCUCAGUCUAGAGCCUUCCGUGCCUAUGUGUCUCGAGUGUGCCUCCGGGACCAGCACUACUAUUCCUACGUGGAGUUGCCUCUGGCCUGCCAGAGUGGCCGCUAUGGGCUGAUCCAGGCUGCAGCUGUGGCCACGUCCAGGGAGGUGGCCCAUGGGGAGGUGCUCUUUGCAGCCUUCUCCUCAGCUGCUCCCCCCACUGUGGGCCGGCCCCCAUCAGCAGCUGCUGGGGCAUCUGGAGCCUCUGCCCUCUGUGCCUUCCCUCUGAAUGAGGUGGACCGGCUUGCUAAUCGCACACGAGAUGCCUGCUACACCCGGGAGGGCCGCGAUGAGGACGGGACCGAGGUGGCUUACAUUGAGUAUGAUGUCAAUUCCGACUGUGCACAGCUGCCAGUGGACACCCUGGAUGCUUAUCCCUGCGGCUCAGACCACACACCCAGCCCCAUGGCCAGCCGGGUCCCACUGGAAGCCACACCAGUUCUGGAGUGGCCAGGGGUUCAGCUAACAGCUGUAGCAGUCACCAUGGAGGAUGGACACACCAUCGCUUUCCUGGGUGAUAGUCAGGGGCAACUUCACAGGGUCUACUUGGGCCCAGGGAGCGAUGGCCACCCAUACUCCACACAGAGCAUCCAGCAGGGGUCUGCAGUGAGCAGAGACCUCACCUUUGAUGGGACCUUCGAGCACCUGUAUGUCAUGACCCAGAGCACACUUCUGAAGGUUCCUGUGGCCUCCUGUGCUCAGCACCUGGACUGUGUGUCUUGCCUUGCUCACAGGGACCCGUACUGUGGGUGGUGUGUGCUCCUUGGCAGGUGCAGUCGCCACUCGGAGUGCUCGAGGGGCCAGGGCCCAGAGCAGUGGCUGUGGAGCUUCCAGCCUGAGCUGGGCUGUCUUCGAGUGGCAGCUAUGAGUCCUGCCAACAUCAGCCGAGAAGAGAGGAGGGAGGUUUUCUUAUCGGUGCCAGACCUGCCACCCCUGUGGCCAGGGGAGUCAUACUCCUGCCACUUUGGGGAAUAUCAGAGCCCUGCCCUGCUGACUGGUUCUGGUGUGAUGUGCCCCUCCCCGGACCCUAGUGAAGCCCCAGUGCUGCAGAGAGGAGCCGACCAUGUCUCUGUGACUGUGGAGCUCAGGUUUGGCACCGUUGUGAUCGCCCAAGCUUCCCUCUCUUUCUAUGACUGUGUGGCAGUCACUGAGCUCCGCCCGUCUGCACAGUGCCAGGCCUGUGUGAGCAGCCGCUGGGGGUGUAACUGGUGUGUCUGGCAGCACCUGUGCACGCACAAGGCCUCGUGUGAUGCUGGGCCGAUGGUGGUGAGCCAACGGAGCCCGCUUCUUUCCCUAGCCCCUCCUGCAAGAGAUGCACCCACCCCCUUCCCACCCAGAGCCCCCAAAGUCCCAGUCACCCCUGCUCCUGACACCCUUCCUGUGGUACCUGGGGCUCCCUCCAUAGCCAUAACCUCGGACUUCCCAUCUGGGGCCAGGCCUUCCCCUCUCAGCCCCUGGGGGCCAUGGGCAGGUCCCGGCCCCAUGCCUUCCCCCGCCUCCACAGAGUCACCUCUCCAUGAGAAGCCCUCCCCUCCCAGCUCCCCCAGCAGACCUGGAACCACUGUCCCUGCUCCUGCUGACUUCGGACCCACGGCCACAUCUGAGGACCUCUCAGCCGCUCCCCCAUCACCCUCAGAUGCAGCAGCAGUGCCCCCUGUAGACCCUGGCCCUGAGGCCUUUCCCUCUGUGGUACCCCUGGACCAGCCCCCUGGCACUGCUCCUGCUACCCCUUUCCCAGGGGCCACGGGCUCCACAAAGCCCGCUCUGGACUGGCUCAUAAGAGAAGGCGGCGAGCUGCCCGAGGCGGACGAGUGGACGGGGGGUGACGCGCCCACCUUCUCCACUUCCACCCUCCUCUCAGGUGAUGGAGACUCAGCAGAGCACGAGGGCCCUCCCGCCCCCCUCAUCCUCCUGUCCAGCCUCGACUACCAGUAUGACACCCCCGGGCUCUGGGAGCUGGAAGAGGUGAACUGGGGGGCAAACUCCUGCCCUUGUGUGGAGAGUGUUCAGGGUUCCACGCUGAUGCCCGUCCACGUGGAGCGGGAAGUCCGGCUGCUAGGCAGGAAUCUGCACCUUUUCCAGGAUGGCCCAGGAGACAAUGAGUGUGUGAUGGAGCUGGAAGGCCUCGAGGUGGUGGUUGGGGCCCAGGUUGAGUGUGAGCCGCCUCCAGAUACCCAGUGCCACGUCAUAUGCCAGCGGCAUCAGCUUAGCUAUGGGGCUCUGCAGCCAGAGCUCCGUGUAGGGCUGUUUCUGCGUCGGGCCGGCCGUCUGCGUGUGGACAGUGCUGAGGGGCUGCAUGUCGUACUGUAUGACUGUUCUGUGGGACACGGGGACUGCAGCCGCUGUCAAACCGCCAUGCCCCAGUAUGGCUGUGUGUGGUGUGAGGAGGAGCAUCCACGUUGCGUGGCCCGGGAGGCCUGUGUCGAGGCUGAGGCUGUGGCCACCCAGUGCCCUGCGCCCCUCAUCCACUCGGUGGAGCCACUGACUGGACCUAUAGACGGAGGCACUCGCGUCACCAUCAGGGGUUCCAACCUGGGCCAACAUGUACAGGAUGUGCUGAACACAGUCAAGGUGGCUGGAGUGUCCUGUGCUGUGGACGCUCAGGAAUAUGAGGUCUCCAGCAGCCUCGUGUGCGUUACCGGGGCCAGCGGGGAGGAGGUGGCUGGCGCUGUGGCAGUGGAGGUGCUGGGAAGAGGACGCGGCGUCUCAGAGCACGACUUUGCCUAUCAGGACCCGAAGGUGCACUCCAUCUUCCCGGCCCGUGGCCCUAGAGCUGGGGGCACCCACCUCACCCUGCGUGGUUCCAAGCUCCUGACUGGGCAGCUGGCGGACAUCCGAGUGGUGGUCGGAGACCAGCCUUGUCACUUGCUGCCGGAGCAGCGGUCAGAGCAGCUGCAGUGUGAGACGAGCCCACACCCCGUGCCUGCCAUGUUCCCUGUGGCUGUGUGGUUUGGGGCCACUGAGCGGAGGCUUCAGCACGGCCAGUUCAAGUACACAUCAGACCCCAACGUCACUUCUGCUGGCCCUACCAAGAGCUUCCUCAGUGGAGGACGUGAGAUAUGGGUCCGUGGCCAGAAUCUGGAUGUGGUGCAGACGCCAAGAAUCCGAGUGACCGUGGCCCUAGGAGUGCAGCAGCCCAGCCCGGGGCUUGGACGGAGGCGCCGAGGGGUCCCGGAGACAGCAUGCUCCCCUGGAGCCCCCUGUUUUGAGGAGCCAUGCCACGUGAACUCUUCCCAGCUCAUCCUGUGCCGCACACCUGCCCUCCCGGGCCCGCUCGAGGACCCCUGGGUCCGGGUGGAAUUUAUCCUUGACAACCUGGUCUUCGACUUUGCAACACUCAACCCCACACCCUUCUCCUAUGAGGCUGACCCCACCCUUCAGCCCCUCAACCCUGAGGACCCCACCAUGCCAUUCCGGCACAAGCCUGGAAGUGUGUUCUCUGUGGAGGGGGAGAACCUGGACCUUGCAAUGUCCAAGGAGGAGGUGGUGGCCAUGAUAGGGGAUGGCCCCUGUGUGGUGAAGACGCUGACCCGGCACCACCUGUACUGCGAGCCCCCUGUGGAGCAGCCCCUCCCACGGCACCAUGCCCUCCGAGAGGCACCUGAUGCUUUGCCUGAGUUCACAGUACAGAUGGGGAACCUGUGCUUCUCCCUGGGUCACGUGCAGUAUGAUGGCGAGGGCCCCGUGGCUUUUCCUGUGGCAGCCCAGGUGGGCUUGGGGGUGGGCACCUCUCUUCUGGCUCUGGGUGUCAUCAUCAUUGUCCUCAUGUACAGGAGGAAGAGCAAGCAGGCCCUGAGGGACUAUAAGAAGGUCCAGAUUCAGCUGGAGAAUCUGGAGAGCAGUGUGCGGGACCGCUGCAAGAAGGAGUUCACGGACCUCAUGACCGAGAUGACUGAUCUCACCAGUGACCUUCUGGGCAGUGGAAUCCCCUUCCUUGACUACAAGGUGUAUGCUGAGAGGGUCUUUUUCCCUGGGCACCAGGAGUCGCCCUUGCACCGGGACCUGGGUGUGCCGGAGAGCAGAAGGCCCACCGUGGAGCAAGGGCUGGGGCAGCUGUCCAACCUGCUCAACAGCAAGCUCUUCCUCACCAAGUUCAUCCACACACUGGAGAGUCAGCGCACCUUCUCGGCUCGGGACCGUGCCUAUGUAGCAUCUCUGCUCACUGUGGCACUGCACGGGAAGCUUGAGUACUUCACCGACAUUCUCCGCACCCUGCUCAGUGACCUGGUGGCCCAGUACGUGGCCAAGAACCCCAAGCUGAUGCUGCGAAGGACAGAGACUGUGGUGGAGAAGCUGCUCACCAACUGGAUGUCCAUCUGCCUCUACACCUUCGUGAGGGUGAGGGAGGCAGAGGACUCAGUAGGGGAGCCUCUGUACAUGCUUUUCCGAGGGAUUAAGCAUCAAGUGGACAAGGGACCAGUGGACAGUGUGACGGGCAAAGCCAAAUACACCCUGAAUGACAACCGCUUGCUGAGAGAGGACGUGGAGUACCGUCCCCUGACUUUGAAUGCGCUGUUGGCUGUGGGGCCUGGGGCAGGAGAGGCCCAGGGUGUGCCCGUGAAGGUCCUGGACUGUGACACCAUCUCCCAAGCCAAGGAGAAGAUGUUGGACCAGCUUUAUAAAGGACUGCCUCUUGCCCAGCGGCCAGACUCUCGCACCCUGGAUGUUGAGUGGCGGUCUGGGGUGGCUGGACACCUCAUCCUGUCUGACGAGGAUGUCACUUCUGAGGUCCAGGGUCUGUGGAGGCGCCUGAACACCUUGCAGCAUUACAAGCAGGUCCCAGAUGGAGCAACUGUGGCCCUCGUCCCCUGCCUCACCAAGCACAUUCUCCGGGAAAACCAGGAUUAUGUCCCUGGAGAGCGGACCCCAAUGCUGGAGGAUGUAGAUGAGGGGGGCAUCCGGCCCUGGCAUCUGGUGAAGCCAAGUGAGGAGCCAGAGCCGCCCAGGCCUCGGAGGGGCAGCCUUCGGGGCGGGGAGCGUGAGCGAGCCAAAGCCAUCCCCGAGAUCUACCUGACACGCCUGCUGUCCAUGAAGGGCACCCUGCAGAAGUUUGUGGAUGACCUGUUCCAGGUGAUUCUCAGCACCAGCCGCCCCGUGCCACUCGCUGUUAAAUACUUCUUUGACCUGCUAGACGAGCAGGCCCAGCAGCACGGCAUCUCCGACCAGGACACCAUCCACAUCUGGAAGACCAACAGGUGGGGUGGGGCCGCUGGGCCCGAGGUGUGUAGGGGUCCUUCCUGCCUCCCCAGCACGCUCAUCAGCCAUGUCUGCCCCCACUGCAGCUUGCCGCUGAGGUUCUGGAUCAAUAUAAUCAAAAACCCACAGUUUGUGUUCGACGUGCAGACAUCUGAUAACAUGGACGCGGUGCUCCUUGUCAUCGCACAGACCUUCAUGGAUGCCUGCACCCUGGCUGACCACAAGCUGGGCCGGGACUCCCCCAUCAACAAACUUCUGUAUGCUCGGGAUAUUCCCCGUUACAAACGGAUGGUGGAAAGGUACUAUGCAGACAUCAGACAGACCGUCCCAGCUAGUGACCAAGAAAUGAACUCUGUCCUGGCCGAGCUGUCCCGGAACUACUCUGGAGACCUUGGGGCGCGAGUGGCCCUGCAUGAACUCUACAAGUAUAUCAACAAGUACUACGAUCAGAUCAUCACAGCCCUCGAGGAGGACGGCACAGCCCAGAAGAUGCAGCUGGGCUAUCGGCUCCAGCAGAUUGCAGCUGCUGUGGAAAACAAAGUCACGGAUCUAUAGGGACCCAGGAGCCCUGGCCUGCUGUCACCUCAGCCCUGCCUGGGCAGCCCUGGAACCUCGAGGGAGAGACCACCUUCUUAGAUGCCUAUAGUGACUGACAAGCAGAGUUAGUAGAAGGUGACUCCCAGUCUCCUGGUGGCUCUGGCCUUGGCCCUGCUGGACUCACAUUGCAGGUUUGGGGCCCUGAGGCUCAUGGGGUACUACCCAGCCAGCCCGCUGAGCCGAGUGACCCUGUGGGCCAUUUCCUGCGUGACACCAGUCUGCAGGGAGUUAGGGACUAAGGGCUUCCAGAGAGUGGCUGGAAGAGUCUCCAGGCCCAUGGGAAGACUGUACUAUUCCUUAGUACUGGCCUGUGUCCCACUGGGAUUCAGAGAGGAAGGAGCACCCACACUUUCUGUCUUCCUCCAUCAUGCCUGACCUCAGUUUAGCUGCCUCUGGCCUAUUGCUGCUGCCACAUCCUAGGUCUAAGAGAUGAAGGCCUCUCUGAGGCUACUGCAAACAGACCCUUCAGCAGGGCUGGCUGCCUCAGGGCUACCCCUGUGGGGAAGACAUCUGCUGCUGGGGGCCUUGGGGAGAGUGGUGGCACCACUGACCCAGCUCUUCAUUAAAGGAUAACACACUGCCUGGAGUCUGAUGUGU